AAUCAGACUAUAUAUAUGCCCAGUAGUCGGAGCUUCAUUCCUUCGAAUGAUUUCUUGGUGGAGGUACAAAUAAGAUCAGGCUUUGCGCAGCAACAACAUUUUCUCCCAGUUGGAGUAGAAGUGAAAAGAAAGAAGGAGAACCAAAACUUGCAAAAUAUGUCUGAGAAACCCAAACUGACCUAUUUCAAUGGCAGAGGACGAAUGGAAUCUAUACGCUGGGUCUUAGCAGCAUCUGGAGUUGAGUUUGAAGAAGUGUUUUUGGAAACAAGGGAACAAUAUUUGAAAUUAAUCAAAGAUGGAUACCUGCUGUUUGAUCAAGUCCCCCUGGUGGAGAUGGAUGGGCUGAAGCUGGUCCAGACCAAAGCUAUUCUCAAUUACAUUGCAGGGAAAUAUAAUCUGCUUGGGAAGGAUCUGAAAGAACGAGCACAAAUUGACAUGUAUGUGGAAGGGACCAUGGACCUGAUGAACCUUAUUUUGCUCUAUCCCUUUACUCCACCUGAGCAAAAGGAGAAGCAACUUGCUGCCUUUAUUGAAAAAACUGAGACCAGGUACCUCCCAGUCUAUGAAAAGGCUCUGAAACAUCAUAACCAAGAAUUCCUAGUUGGUAAUCAACUCAGCUUGGCAGAUAUACAAUUGCUUGAAGCAAUUUUAAUGUUGGAAGAGAAAAAAGCUGACAUUCUUGCACCAUUCCCUCAACUACAGGCUUUCAAAGCAAGGAUAAGCUCUUUUCCCACCAUUAAGAAAUUCCUAGAACCCGGAAGCCAAAGAAAACCCAUCCCUGAUGAUGCUUAUGUAGCUGUUGUGCUGAAGGUUUUGCAGUUGAAGUUAUCGUAACAUCAUGUCUGCUUGCCCGAGCAUCAGAUAACCAGACCCAGCACAAGCCAGCAAGGUUUCCAUCAGGCAACAAGGAAUGCACCCCAAUCUUUAUAAGCUGUCUCAAAGGAUUCCUUUGAUGACUUAACCUCAAAUGGUGGUCCAUCUCCCACCCUGGUUUAUAUGCAAUGAUGUUUGGCCACAGAGCAUCCCCACAGUUGUUUAUCAUGACACAGUGCUUCCAGAUGUGUUAAAGGCAUGGAGCUUGCCUACCCCUCAUCUGGGUGAUAAUUCAAAACCCUCUGUUUGUUUUCUUAAAAGCAAAAGAUUAUCUGCUGGGAUCAAAAAUAAUAAAUGGCUUACUCUUUGGUGCAAAUAGU